CACACUCACACACUCACACAGCGACCCCUAUUCGAGACCCCCACUUACACACACACUUUCUUUCUCUCUCUCUCUCACACACACACACACACACACACACACACACACACACACACACACACAGAGCAUCUGAAAACCAUGAAUGAGCUGAAGAGCAAAGUGUUUUGGAGAGCUGUGCUGGGCGAGCUGGUGGGGAUGACACUCUUUAUCUUCCUCAGCAUCGCCGCUGCCAUCGGGAACACCAACAACACGAACCCGGAUCAGGAGGUGAAGGUGUCUCUGGCAUUUGGGUUGGCCAUCGCCACGCUGGCUCAGAGUCUGGGUCACAUCAGCGGUGCUCACCUGAACCCGGCCGUCACCCUCGGCUUGCUGGUCAGCUGUCAGAUCAGCUUCGUCCGUGCCGCCUUCUACAUCCUGGCUCAAAUGCUGGGUGCCUCCAUGGCCAGCGGCAUCCUGUUUGCCGUCCGGCCCCAGAACUCCACGGCGCUCGGGGUCAACGCGCUGAACAGCAUCAGUGCACCACAGGGGAUCGUUGUGGAGAUGCUUGCCACCUUCCAGCUUGUGCUGUGUGUGUUAGCCGCUACAGAUAAGCGGCGGCGUGAUGUUGCAGGUUCGGUUCCUCUGGCCAUCGGACUCUCCGUGGCUCUGGGUCACCUCACCGCCAUCAGCUUCACAGGAUGUGGCAUUAACCCGGCUCGAUCCUUCGGCCCUGCUCUCAUCACCAGCGACUUCACCGACCACUGGGUUUACUGGGUGGGGCCGAUGUGCGGGGGUGUGGCCGCUGCACUCACCUACGACUUCCUGCUUUACCCAAAGAUGGCAGAUUUUCCAGACCGCCUGCGAGUGCUGGUGUCUGGACCACCGACUGAUUACGACGUCAAUGGGCGGGACGACCUGCCGGCUGUGGAGAUGUUGUCGAAGUGAUGAAGAAACACGAGUCUUUAUUGUUCCAGUCACUGGAAAAUGAGUCUCGAACGAGAUGAUUUAUAUUUUUCUGUGGUCAAAACCCUGAUUUUGAUUUAAAUUUUUUUUAUUUUUUUUAUUUUUCAUACUUUAGAUUUUCCCAUAAUGCAUUACUGAGACCUUAUAAUUAUUUUACCGUUCAUUUAAAUUCCAAACACUGGCACAAAAAGCGUGAGAGAUUAAUUAGCAAGUCGAGUAAAUUAGCUUGCAAACCAACUAGCCACAAAAGAGGGGCUGUAAUUAAAAACAUCACAUGAUUCGAGUUCAUUUCUCGAGUAUAUCAUACUCUAAAAACUUACAUUACCUGUAAAUAUCUCUUAGUUUUCUGACAAAUUACUUUUUUCCUACAAAAAAAAAUGUUUGUCGCAGCAAAAUGUAACUUCAUAUUUUGUAGUUUAGUUUUAUUUUUCUCACUUUUUCGAUUCCUGCUUUUCGUAUGUACCUGAUUUUUUUUUAUAGAAACUUUUUCCUCAGUAGUUUCUUUCUUUUUUUUUUGUAUUUUUUUGUAAACAGUAUUUUUUCUAUGUAAAUGAUUGUAUUGUUUUACGUUUUGUACUUGAAUAACCCGAGCACUAUGAAUUUCGUUUCCUUCACUUUUUUGUACGUAAAUAAAUAAAAUGACCUAAAGUUA